AUGCCAGGAGUGGUGGAAGAUGAGAGCGAGGGUCGGAAACGCAAGAGAAGUGGUCAAGAUGGCAGUGUCGAGGUGAAGGAGGCAAAAUCACGAAAAGCACCGAAAUUGAAGACUUCUACGGACGACGAGAAAUCGCAGAUUCUCCUGCUAGGGGAGCGGGUGACCGAGGCGCCGAAGCACUACGGAAACAUAGAUGAGCUGCAGAAAAUGGUUGCAGCAGGCGACAAAAAGCCAGAGAGCGCUAUGCUGGCCGCAGUGUCUCUCUGCAAAGCAUUCUGUCGCUUGAUCGCCUCAGAGAAGCUGGCCAAGGACAAGGGUGCUUCAGAAAAAGAAGCCCAGACCGUGCAGGCACUUCGAACACGACUGCGAAACUACGUUGCGAGCCUUGUAUCAUGGAUCGGAAGUCCACAUGCAACCCAAGAGAACACCGCUUUGCAGCUCCUCAUGCGAAUCGUCAAGGAGGAAGCUUCCGGCAGCAGCAAAAGCGCAGAGCAGUCGUGGCGCAACACCAAAGGCACUUUCACCGCAUUGCUAAAUGCUCUUCUCCAGGGAGACGACGCAGAGGGGGCGCGACAGGAGUUCAUUGACGAGUACGUGGAAGAGAAGGACGACGUACGCUUUUACACGUUUGUCGCGGUCAAGCAAUGUCUGCAAGAGAACGGCUCCGAAAGUGUAGCCAACAAUGCUGUUGAUCUCAUGAGUAAGAUUGAGGGCAUUCCCGAAUCUGAGGAUCAAUUGGCAGACUGGUACGGGGAGGCACCAGAAGGCAAGAGCCCUCUAUUGUCCAUCACGGGCCAUCGAAAGGUGGCGAGGGAAGCGUGGCUUGCAGUCUUCCGUUCGAAAUUGACCGUCGAGAAUCGCAAAAAGCUUUUGACCAUUUCCACGACGCAAGUUCUGCCAUGGUUCGCCAAUCACCUGGAACUGCUCGCGGACUUCUUGACAGACUCUUUCAACCAGGCCGGCUCAAUGGCACUCUUGGCUUUGAGUGGCCUCUUCCACCUCAUCACAGAGAAGAAUCUGGACUAUCCAGACUUCUACACCAAGCUCUACAGCCUGCUUGAUGAAGAUGUCCUACACAGCAAACAUCGAAGUCGAUUCUUCCGACAAGUCGAAAUUUACCUGAACUCCAGCCAUUUGCCAGCAGCAAUGGUAGCGAGCUUCAUCAAAAGAUUUUCACGGCUAGCACUUCAAGCUCCGCCUGGAGCAAUUGUCUGGAUCGUGCCUUGGGUUUACAACCAACUCAAGCAACAUCCACCUUGCACAUUCAUGCUCCACCGCACUUACCAUCCGGCGCACACCAUCUAUCAUGCCCAUCCUAACUUCGCAGAAGAAGGCAUGGACGAUCCAUUCGAUAUGAAACAGUCAGAUCCGAUGUUGACCGGCGCCAUCGAUUCGAGCUUGUGGGAACUUGAGACUUUGCGAGCACAUUACCAUCCAAACGUCGCUACCCUGGCCAAGAUCAUUGGAGAACAAUUCACCAAGCGGGAAUAUCAAUUGGAGGACUUUCUGGACCAUUCUUAUGCCUCACUCGUGGAUGCGGAGCUCGGCAAGGAGAUGAAGAAGGCACCAGUCGUGGAAUGGGAGAUCCCAAAGCGCAUCGUGACAAGAGAAGAAGGCGGUUUGAAUGAGGUUGGAAACCUUUUGCAGAGCGCAAUGACCGCAUGUAGAUCAUAG